UCAUGAACGCUAGAGCAUCUGGGAACAAAGCUUAUAUACCCACCGAUUUGGAACACAUUGCCAAUGUUCUGACACAUGCUCUGUCUGUGAUUCCCAGCUUGAUGGGCCUGUUCCUUCUACUGCAGCGGUCAAACGAUAAAAGGAAAUACUUCAGUGGUUUCGUCUAUGGUGCAGCUUUGGUAUCGCUCUUCCUUAUAUCCACUAUCUUCCACUAUGUAUUCUAUACAAGAAAAUUUAGGUCACUUAAAGAAGCUCUCCAUCUUUGUGACCGAGCAAUCAUUUACAUCUUUAUUGCAGCUUCCUAUACCCCUUGGUUGAUGUUAAAAGAUGCCGAAAGAAAUUUCUGGACACAGAAUCUCAGCUGGAUUGUAUGGACCAUGGCAGUUUUGGGCAUUGUCUAUCAGUAUUACUUCCACGAAAAGUACAAAACUUUAGAAACACUCUUUUACCUUGUUAUUGGAAUAACUCCGGCUUACGCUAUGUUUUACAUGUAUGAAUCUUCAGGAAUGUGGGAAUUGUGUAUGGGAGGCUUAGUAUAUAUUACUGGUGUUCUGUUCUUCAAGAGCGAUGGUCGGAUUCCCUGUGCCCAUGCCAUAUGGCAUCUCUUCGUAAACAUCGGCGCCACCUUCCAUUUUUACGCCGUCUACAAGUAUCUCAUCAAUGAUGAACACCAUCAUCAGCCGCAGAAUCAAAAGGAAAUUGCCUCUUGAUGGAGCCAUUGUUGGAAUCUCUCAUAAUGUAGUUAAUGUUUGUGAUGACUAAAUUUAAUUCAUCUGUAUUUUUAGAGAUAAAAAGUUAAAUAAUAACCUUUUCUAGCAACAUUCAAUUUAUAGAAGAAAUUUUUAUAACCAGGGUUUAAUUAAUAGAAUACUUUGGAGAUUUAAAACUAUUACCUGUAUAUUUAUGAAUAAUGAAUGUCACUUGGAACGGAUUCUUCUGGUUUUAGAACUAUGGGCAUAAUCAGAUUUUAUAUAUUUUAUAUAUAUUUUGAGUUGUUUAACAAUUGAAGUAAGAGCUUAAUAUUUUCAUAAAAAUUUCUUACCUUUUAAAGAAAAUUUUAAAAAGAACGGUAAAAAAUAGUUUUUUUAAGAUUUUGUUUUUAGGAAAGAAUACUACUUGGCAGCUAUUAUCAGGUAAAAAUUAAAUAUAUAAUCCAUUUCUGAAGUCCAUCAUCAAUAGAAAAAGUAAAAGACAUAGAAUACUUUGAAAUAAUCAUUUUCCACAAAAUUGAAUUAAUCCGCAAAAAAUAACAGUUUAAAAGACUUGAUAAAAAUUAAUGAAAGUUAAGAUUAGGUUACUUUUAUUUGAAUAAAAGUACCAUUUCUUGCAUUAUUUUAAAUUAUGUUCGUAAGAACCUUAGCUCUAACCGAGCUGAUAUCAUGCAAUGUAAUUAUGCCUAGCAACAAACUCUAAAACUAAAUUAUUAGAAUCUAUCAAAAUAUAUACACUAUAUUCCGCUAUUGUCAUUGUCUAAGGAAAAAAAGGCUAUCUCUUAAUUCAACUAUUUAUCCUGAGCAAUAUGCUUUCGUAAGGACGUCUCUUAAAAUAAGCUUUAUGUUAAUUACGUAGCUGCAUUAAAUUUCUAACGAUAAAUUUGGAUUGAUCAUUUCACAAAUUUACUUAUAUUAAUAUUAAACGCAUGCUAUAAUACACAUUAAAACAAAUAGGCAGUAAACUGUAAUGUAUAAAAACUGUAUUGAUUUCUUUUCUUUUUUUUUUUUUUACUUGAUCUUAUGAAGAUUUGAAACCAAAUCGGUUUAAGUUAUAAGCCAAAAAUUAAAAAUUAUGCACCGUUGUCCAUGUUGUCCAGAUUUGCUUUCCUAUUAAAAUUCGGUAUAUAAUUUUCACUAUAAUACGGGAUAAAAAGUUUUUAAGAGAACGAUUCAACGAGCUGCAUUUAAUGCAGAAUGAUUUCUAUUUCUCGUGUGCAUAGAAAUAUUUAUAAUUUAUAAAGGUAUAUAUGUAUAGCGAAUCUGAAGUAAACUUCUAUUAAAUGUUUAAAAUUCUUAUUGAAAAUAGUCAAAAAUUCAAAUUGCUAAUUAUGAGAAUGCGUUAUUUUAUUUCAAAAACAUUAUUCUUCGAAACAUUUAUAUGAAAGUAAAUUUGUAUAUACGAAUUAAAAUUUACGAAAAGGUAGAAACAGAAAAUAAUUAUUUUUCAAAUUUUCAUGCUCAUAAUCAAGAUGAUAUGAAAUCAAGGGCAAGAAAUAUUUAGCUAAAAAUAUUAAAUAUAUUUUUGCUACUGACAAUAGCAAUGACUUUUAUAUUGUUUAAAAAGGCUGAAGAAUUCGUUUCAUGAACUAAAUAUUGUUACUUUUUGUUUUCGAUUUUCUAUAAAUUUCUAAAGAAUAUAGUGCCAAAAGAAAUUUAUUUGGUGCUAAUUAAUACUUUCAUUUGACGUGUGAAUCUGGAAUUCAUUUUAUAUAAUCUACAUUAUCUUACAAAACAAUUGAGCAUUCAUAAACUUAAUAAGGUAUUCUGUCAUACCUUACUGUAUCUUGACAUGUUAAUUAGCAUGACAGUCUAAUUUCAUUAACAAAGUACUUCAGUUUACGAAGGGUAGUUAAUUGUUAAAGAAUUCUGAAAUUUAAAGUAAAAAUCAUAAAAUCAUAUAUUCGGUAACGACAUGCGUGUUAUAAAUUGCAACUACUAUAUUUUUGAUACUACUAAGAUAAUUCAAUUAAUAUUUAUGUCACUAUAAAUUUCCCGAUAUAUUAGAAAGAACUAUUUAAGCAAUUGUCAUUAAAGUUGAUGCCGAUAAGUAACACUUUUUCUCUGCUAAAUUGAUUAUUUAUGUUGAAUUAUACGUUUCUGGCCCAGUAUUUGGAAAUAAAUGGAUAAAUGUUUUUAAAUUAACUCAUUUCUGUACGACUGAUUGUAUAUAAAAUACUACAAUUUCCUUUCUAUACAUCUAACAAUUAAUUUUCCUACAAAUAAAGCUUGAAACGUGAUGCAGAUAGCAGAAAACUUGAUGGCUGAAUUAACCCGUUGUGUUAUCAAAUAAUUGACUGAAAGUUUGUAGAAAACGUAAUCCUUAAAAUCUUCUGUUAAACAUUUUACGUUUCAUAGAUAUUGGAGAUUUAUGCCAACUUGACAAAUAAAAAGAUUCAUUUUAUAUUGACAUUAAAAAUUACUAUAAUGGUCAUUUCAUCCAAUAAAAGCCUAGAAGCAUUUCAGUGAAAAACAUGGUAAUUUUUGCUAGCAACAAAAACCUAAUUAUUAAUUUAGAACUACUUGUCGUAUGAAUAAGAAAUGUGGGUAACAAAAUUCAAUCUUCGAAGGUUUGGUUUAUUUAACUACGGCAAAGAACUCGAGAACUAUCUGCCUAAGGAAAGGGAUGUCUUCGGGAAGGACGUUCUAAAGAAAAUUAGCUCGUAUACACAUUGCACAUGAGGAAAACCACGAAAUCACCUAUGCAGCUAGCCUGUUCGCCGGGAUUUAAACCCCAACCCGAACUACCAGUAUUCCGCGUCCCCUCGGCCGCAGGUGGGCCUCAACUUUCGAAAGAUGAAAUACGUUGUUUGUGAAUAAAAUAUGUGUUUCAUAUCUUAGCAAUUUAAUAUUCUUAAAGAUCUAACAAAUCUUGAACAAUUUAUUUAACAGUGGUUGCCAGUGUUGCUAAUCAUGUACUAUUUAACUCCAAAUUAUACGUUAGUAUAAAGAUGAUAUCUGCUGCUUAUCUUUGUUUUUCCACGAGUCAUUGUUUGGCUUAUUGUAAGAAACGGUUGAACUGUUGAACUGGAUCCUAGAGCUUAUUUAUUGCACUAAGUUCAAAAUUAGUGUCACCUUAAGUAGUUUCUAAUUUUUCUGCUUAACGUUUUCGCAUUCCAGUGAUGCUGCAGAUUCAUUGGUCCUCAAAGGCAACGAUUAUCAGAAUUUCUCUAAUUUUUUAGCAACGUAAGAGCAUCUGCAUGUUAUAAACACAGUUUAAAACUAUGCAUAAUUGACGGUGAAAUUCAUCCACUUAGUAAAGCACUUCCGCAGCAUGCCAGGUCAUUUUUCGAGAAAUUUCUUGUGAUUAUUCGAUUGAUUUAAAUCAAAGGUUAUUUAGUAAUGCAAAUAUAUUUGACAAACCUCUGCUAGGAUGAAAGAGGUUUUUGUGAAAGAUCUGUUAGUGAACUUUAGAGUAAAAGUUACUUAGAUGAUAGCCUAUAGCUUCAAAAUUAAGUUGCCUUAAAAAGUAAUUCUUGCCUUCGGAUCGGUAAACACGUUUCAUGUUCAAUUGCGCACGAACUGAAUAUGAAAGUUUUAUAACAAUAUUAGAUAUAAGUAUUUAUAGAAAAUUUUGUUACCAUAAUGAAACCUCACUUUUUAUUCCUGAUCACUUGUGCUCAUAUUUUAUGUCAUGAUUAUCAUCCAUAUAUAUAUAUAUAUAUAUAUAUAUAUAUAUAAUUAUAUUAUUUUAAACUUGCUAUGAAAAGGUCAUCUGCUACUGAACAUUGAAUUGAGAGCUUUGGUUUAAAGCCACAUAAACAAAAUAAUUGUUGAUGAAAAUUAUAAUACUUAUAAAAUACUUAAAUUGGAAAGAAAGAGAUUAUUAGCUCUAAUUUUGUUUCAACCAGUUAAGGUUUAGUGGCUUUAGAUGGCUGCAUACGUACUUCUGGUUCAUACUUUAUUAUUUUUAAAGAAUGCUUUGCACUGAUUUUCGUGUUAUUUUCUCUAAAAUAUCUGAUGUAGACACCAUAUGACUUCCUUGUACGGCCCAUUAAAUUAUGCACAAU